AUGAGUAUUGAUCAUCAUUUUGAGGUAGCCGCUGUAAAAAUUCCUGACAAACAUUUAGUGAUUGCUAGUAUAUAUAGACCACCUAAAGGCCAAUUUGAUCUUUUCAUAUCGGGAUUGUCUGCAUGUUUGGAUAAGAUGACGAGAGGGACGUUAGAGAAGAUUUGUGUUGCAGGUGAUUUCAAUGUUAAUUUCCUGGAAAGUAAUAAGUAUUCAAAUGAAGUCUUGAAUUUGUUCGAGUCGUACGGAUUAUUCCCGGCAUUCAAUGAGCCUAGCAGAGUUAGUCGAAAAUCAAAAACUUGUGUUGACAAUAUAUUUAUUACGAACAUAUACAAGGAAACUUACAAAAGUAAAACAUACGAGCCACACUUGUCGGAUCAUGCAGUACAAGAAAUUAAAUUGCUUAAUGAGACAUCUGUAACAAAAAGGGAAUAUAUAACUAGGCAUAUGAUAACGAGGAGAAAUAUAAUUAAAUUUGAGGAGAAACUAAGUGAUAUUGACUGGGAUUCACUCAAAUCCGAAAGAGCUGAAGAGACUUUUGAUAGAUUUCAUGCAGUAUUUAAAGGCUGCUUCGAUAGCUGUUUUCCUUUGAAGACGGUAAAUGUAAACAGGAAUAAAAAAUAUGUUCACAGAAAUGCUUCAAAUGUGGCUUUGAAGAUGGCAGUUGAUGCGGCUCUGACAAUCCACAGUAUUCGUCAGAGUGAUGACUCCAAGAAACUCGUAGAAUUGUUGAAACGAUCUCUGAGAGAAAGUCACACUGCAGAAAAGAAGAAAGUGAACAGUGAGUAUAUAAGUUCAUCAGAGGAUAAAACAAAGGCCAUAUGGAGAAUAAUAGGGGAAGAAACUGCUGAGUCGAGAGAGAAGAGGAAAGAAGAAGGUAAAUUGACCGCAGAUGAACUCAAUUGUUUCUUUUCUAAUAUAGGAGCGACAAUUUCAAAUCAGUGCUCACCUUCUGCCAUAGAAGCAAUAAAGUUGAUGAGAAAGACUGCUUCGAGGGUACCCAGAUCCUCAGGUUCAAUGUUCAACUAUCCGGUUACAAUCGAUGAGCUGAAUCAGAUUAUUAAAAGGUUAAAAAAUAAAAAAACUGCGGAUAUCUACGGAAUGAAUGUGGUAUUGAUGAAAAGGAUUUACCCAAAAAUCUCUAAGUUUAUGUGUGAUAUCUUUAAUCAAUGUCUCGAGCAGGGAGUUUUUCCUGAACCACUAAAAUUUGCAAGAAUAAUUCCCGUUCAUAAAAGUGGAAAUGAAGACGAAUGCACUAAUUAUAGGCCAAUAUCUAUUCUGCCUACUUUUUCGAAAAUAUUGGAGGAAAUAUUGAAGGGAAGAUUGUUGAGUUUUCUCGACAGGACACUGGUUCUCGAUCAAUGCCAGCAUGGAUUUAGAUCAGGUAGAUCAACUAUGACAGCGCUGAUUGCGUUGAUGGAAGAUGUUAUUGAGGCAGUUGAUAGAGGUAGAUUAGUUGAAGUUUUGGCCUGCGACCUAUCCAAGGCAUUUGAUAGUGUGGUAGGAGAAAUACUACUUCAGAAGUUGGAAAUUUAUGGAGUUAGAGGAAAUGCGUUGGCUAUUUUCAAAUCAUACCUGGAGAAUAGAACACAGGUGGUCUCGUGGAAUGAUGCAGUAUCACGGGUCCCCCACCCAUCUAUAUUCUUAGAUAUGGAGUGCCCCAGGGAUCAAUUUUAG